AUGGCACGGGGUGGUUCGCUGCGGCCGGCGGGCCGCUGGUACCGCUCUGAGCGUUCUCUCUGGGAGACAGCAACGCGCCUCUUCUCAGCUUCUCCGUCGCCACAAGAAGCUGUGGAGACCGAGAUUGUCACUGAGGUGUUUUGGUUUUCUUUAGUGAAGAAGCGAGUUCUUGAGAGAGAGUCUCAUAAGCUGCACUUGGGAGAAAAAGGAGAACUGAGGUUGACUGUCACAGAACCUGAAACAGCACUAGCUGCUGAAGAGGAGGCAUUUAAAGAAAAAUUAGUUCCCACAAAGGCUCUGGAUGCCACGAGCAAUCUUCAAACAGAAGAUGAUGCAGAAGCCUUGCAGAAAGCAGAGAGUUUUGUUCCAAACAGUGAACUCCAGGAGGAAGCCGGCUCUGCAGAGAACAUCACAGAAAAGUCUGCAGAGACCUCGCCUUCGGUGGUGUUUGAAAACAUACAAGGAUGCAGUCCAAAAUGCUUACGUAUGCUGUUGGAGAACAUCAGCGGCCUGACAGUAGAUGAUGACUUCACUGUGGAAGUGAUACCCGAAAUAAAUGUUGCCGUAGCUACCUUUAUAAAAAGUAUCGAUACUGAAGAAUUUGUCAAAAAGUGUUCACAAAACAAGAGAAUUAAAAAAUUCAAAGUCACUGCCAGGCUUCUUGAAUUGACCCAGAGCAUCAAGGCUGAAAACAUACCGGCCAGCGUUUCCACAGACUACAUCACCGUUUACUUUGAGAGCGCACGGAACGGGGGCGGGCCGGUGUCAGACGUCCAGCUCUUCCCUGAGGAGAACUCGGCCAUCAUUACUUUCUGUGAUCGCAAAGAUCUGAACACUGUUUUGGAAAAGCAGCAUUUACUGGAACAGACACCAAUUUCUGUGCAUCCGUAUUACCGCUCCCUGGGAACAGCUCUCUAUGGCGAAGAAAGACCAACUAACAAGAUGCCAGACCCCGUUGGGAUACCACUGGAUCCGUACGUCUGGCAGUUUUUACAAAGGCAGGCUAAACUGAUCCAAGACAUAAACCAGGAAAUGGCAGUUUGCCAUUGUGAGCUAAAAUGGCCACAGACAGACUGUGCACACCCAGAAAUUAUGCUGUGCCCGUCGCCAUCUCUCUCCGAGCAGAAAAAGCCAAUGAUUAAGUUGAUCAAGACAUGGAAGCAAGAUGCUUCUACUGAGUUCUCGCGUAUCGUGUCCCGUUACAUAGCUAUAAAAUGUAAAGUAAAUUCGGUCGAUUGGGAAGACGUGAAAAACAGAUUGGUGAAAGAUGUUUCUUUGAUCAUAACUGAUAUUUCUGAGGAGAUGGUGGUGAUUGCAGGCAACAGAGCAGCAGUGGACAGUGCAGAGAAAGAAGUGAGAGAACGCAUGGAAAAAGCCAUGAAGCAAAGUGAAAGGGAAAAACAAAGCAUAGAAAUUUCUGUGUCAGUGAUCCCAGGGAAGUAUGCCAUUCUGCACAAUGCUGGGCUAGAAGAGAAUAUUCGCAAAGACUAUCCGUGCUUAAAGAUCUCUUAUGAUGACACAAAAAAAACUGUUCAGUUGUGUGGGUUACCCACAGAAGUAUAUAAAAUCAAAGCUGACUUACUGGAAAAGGUAUUGAACAUGCCAUGUACAUCACUUACCAUUGAUCCCCAUGUUUUCCACUAUCUACAGCGUGUAGAUAAUAAAACAGUGUCAGAGAUGUUAUUCACUAGGAAAAAAAUUAAUGCUUUUUAUGAGCUUGAGGAUGAUGCUGUGUUGCUAUUUGGAGAUGGUCCCAAAGACCUUUUAGAAGCAGAAAAGCAAAUAAAGACAGACUUAGAAUAUGAGUGCAUCAAUGUGGAGGAUGGUGAGGUCAUUAAAAAGGAGCAGUGGAGGUGUCUUCUUGCCUCCUUGCAUAAGAAGUACAAUUCUGCCCAGGAAACCGUAGUCAUUGAUGAACCUGUUGGAAAAGAAAAUAAAGUGAUUAUUGCUGGCUUUUUAAAGGCCGUAACAGAAGUUUAUCAGAAACUUAAUGAUUUUAUAGAUAGAAACACACACGUGGAAAAAGUAAUCCCAGCUAAGUCGGUGGUGGUAGUGCAGUUUGUAGAGAAGGAAAAAUCUGGUGUUUGUCUUGAAUUGAGGAAGAAAGGUGUGACAAUACGUUUUGACACCAAGACACCGUGUAUUUCCCUGAGUGGCCCAAGAGCAGAAGUGCCAAAAGCAGUCACCACAUUUGAAAAAAUUCUCUCAUCCCUUUACUUGAAAAAUGUGCCAAUUGAUAAACCAGGAGCCAAAGAGUUCUUCACUGAGAGGAAAGAUUCUUGUGUUUUUGAGGCAAAGCAGAAAUUUAACUGUUUGAUUAGGCUGAAAGAAGAAGAAGAACAACAACAACAACAGAAGAGUGAAAAAGUUGGUGAUAAAGAGAAAGGAAAGCUCUACUACAAGAAAAUGCUGCCAGGUGGAGUUGUAGUAGCAGUGUAUAAAGGUAACUUGUGCACUCGUCUGGUUGACGUUAUGCUAAAUGCUACUAACGAAGAGUUAAAACACAGCGGUGGCCUUGCUGAGGCACUGUUAAAAGCGGCUGGUCCAGAGCUACAACAGGAGUGCGACGAGCUGGUGAGGAAGAACGGGAGUUUGCAGCCUGGGGGCGCGGUCAUCCAGGGGGCCGGGAAGCUGCCCUGCAAGAAUGUCAUUCAUGCUGUCGGGCCCAGGUGGAGGAAGGAUGAAGCAGAAAAGUGCGUGUACUUGUUAAGAAAGACAGUGAAGAAAAGUCUACAACUAGCCGAAACAUACAAUCUUCGUUCUAUAGCUCUGCCCGCUACAAGUGGAGGGAUUUUUGGCUUCCCACUGGACCUGUAUGUGAAUUCGAUUGUAUCCUCCAUUAAGGAGACCUUGGAAGAAUCCAUGGGGGACAGCAGCUUGAAGGAGGUUCAUCUUGUGGGUGAUGUGGAAGAAACAGUUCAGGUUCUGAGUGAGACAGUAAAAAAAGCGUUUACAGCCAAAUCAUCCUCCCCGAUGCUGCCUAUGCCACAAUUGGAAAACCUUAAGCUAAGAGAAAGCCAGAAGGAGAAGAGAAGAGAGGUUCUGCAGAUGACUAGAGAUGAUCUGCGAACGGUUACAACAAAUGAAGGACUUCGCAUCCGAGUAGAGGAGAAAAGCGUUCAGGAAGCCACGACGGAUGUUAUCGUCAACAGCGUUGGCACCGAUCUGAAAUUUGGUGUGGGGCCUCUUUGCAAAGCCUUGCUGGAAAAGGCUGGACCAGCGCUCCAAGUAGAGUUUGACAAAGAAAAACAAAGACAGGUUGCUGGUCAAGGGAGUGUGCUCUGCACCAGUGGAUGUGGUUUGUCCUGCAAGUCUGUGCUUCAUGCCAUAAUGCCCUUGUGCGAUGGAGCUAAAGGGCAGACCCUGAAGACCCUAGAAGAUAUAAUCAAUUCCUGCUUGAAGAAAACUGAAGAACUUGGACUGAAUUCGAUCACUUUCCCAGCUAUUGGAACUGGAGGAUUUGGAUUUCCUAAAACCGUUGUUUCUAAGUUAAUGUUUGAUGUGGUAUUCAAGUUCAGUAGUAGUCGCACUCAGAAGACUCUUCAGGAAGUUCAUUUUCUCUUGCAUCCAAGAGAUAAGGAAAACAUUCAGGCUUUUACCACUGAACUGGAAUGUAGGGUAGCUGGAAGUUGCAGUGCUGCAGCACCACAGUCAAGUUUCAUUAGUCCUGUUUCAACUGAAGUACUGGGAGUUUAUGAAAUGCAGAUUGGUUCCAUUACGCUCCAAGUAAUUAGUGGAGAUAUUACCAAAGAGGAUACAGAAGUUAUUGUAAACAUAUCAAAUUCCACGUUUAAUUCCACAUCAGGGGUCUUCAGAGCAAUCAUGGAUGCUGCUGGUUCCCAGAUAGAAGGAGAAUGUACUCAAUACGCUGGACAGUGUCAAAGUGGCUUUAUUACUACAGAAGGUGGAAACCUGUUGUGCAGUAAAAUCAUCCACUUGAUUCACAAUAGCAACAUAAAGAGUCAGGUCUCCAAAGUCCUUCACGAGUGUGAGCUAAGGAUGUACACAUCUGUCGCCUUCCCAGCAAUUGGAACAGGUCAGGCAGGACAGAGUCCAGCAAAGGUAGCUGAUAACAUGUUGGAUGCUAUAGUGGAAUUUGCAAGCAGAAGAUCAGUACAGCAUUUGAAAAAAAUUAAGAUCGUCAUCUUCCAGACACACAUGCUCAGAGACUUUUAUGAAAGCAUGAAGAAAAGAAAAAAUUCAGAUUCAUCCACAACAGAUUCGUGGAUGUCUCUGUUUAAAUCACUUUUUUGGGGCAAAAAACAACCCACUGAGAAGAUAAAGCCUGUGGUUUUGGAGACGAAAGUUGAUUUAGCCACAUUUCAAAUUUGUGGAGAAAGCCAAAAAGAUGUGGAUGCAACUGAGUCCUGGAUAAAGAAUUUGAUUUUAAAGGAACAGCUUGAAAACAGUAUUUCAGAUGAGUUAAUUGAAAAAUUUGAUGAGAGGCAAAUUGACGCUUUGGCAGAUCUCCAGAGAAGAAAACAUGUUACCAUUCAGCUUGAAAAUAAACUUUCCCCCCCUUGCGUUAAAAUUUCUGGUAUUAGCAGGGAUGUCUGGUUUGUUUCUACGGAAGUUCAAAAAAUGAUCCAAAAAAUUAAGGAUUUUGAAGAAGAACAAUCCAAGGCAGAACUUGUUUAUAACCUGGUAGAAUGGAGGUAUCAAGGAAGCAAUGAUAGCUUUGUUGCUUUUGAUAAACUGACAAAUAUGCAGCUGGAGGAUGCCAAAAUAACUAAAAAAACACAUCUUCCUGUCAAAAUUAAGAAGAAGAACUACACGGUGGAUCUGAAUACUCUACAGGCUACUGAUGACCAAGGAAAAACUAUAAACAUUCAACGUGUGCCAAAGAAUGAAGAUAAGCAGUCAAUAGAGCUCCCUGUGCAGUGGGAAGACAUGCAAGAGGAACGGGUCAAACUGGUGAAUCUCAAGCCAUCACAUCAGGAAUAUCUGGACGUUCAGAACAAAUUUAGGAAAACCUGUCCCAGCUUUGUCAUAGAGAAGAUUGAAAGAAUACAAAAUCCCUUCCUCUGGCAGACAUACCAAAUUAAGAAAAUCUCUCUCUGUGCAAAGAACAAAAAUCAAAUUAAUGAGAAGCUGCUAUUUCAUGGGACAGCUCCAUCCUCAUUGAGCAUGAUCAACUACAAUGGAUUUAAUCGUGGGUUUGCUGGAAAGAAUGCUGCGGUCAUUGGAAAUGGAACCUACUUUGCUGUUGAUGCAAGUUAUUCUGCUCAGGAUACUUAUUCCACACCAGAUACGAACGGCAGAAAAUACAUGUACUUGGCUCGGGUCUUAACUGGGCAGUACUGUGCUGGGAGCAGAGGACUAAUCACUCCACCAUCCAAAAACCCAGCAGAUCCUACUGACCUGUAUGACAGCGUGGUUGAUAAUGUGGCUUGUCCAACAGUGUUUGUCAUAUUUAAUGACAUUCAGGCAUAUCCUGAAUACCUCAUUACUUUCAAAAGAUAG